AUGGGUGGCGACGGCCAGAUCCCCACCCCGCAGGUCUACCCCCAAGGCACGGCAGUAUGGGCUCCACGAGUAGAGGUUUUGCUGUCCGCUGCGGCAGACGGCAGCAGGAAGCGUGUCACUCACUGGCUGGCAGGCAUUGUGCAGGCCGCCGAGCGGAAAGGAGACGCCGUCGACCUCAAGGUUCGGCUGACCAGCGGCGAUGUCGUGCAGAUCACGGCCACCAGCAAUGAGAGGGAUGACGUGAUCGAUGACCUGGUCAAGUCCGACUUCCUGCACGAGCCAGGCAUCCUGCACACCCUGCACGUUCGGUACGGGCUGGACUCCAUCUACACCUACUCCGGCUCCAUCCUGAUCGCCGUGAACCCCCACAAGAGGGUCCGCGGCCUCUACGGCCCGCGCAUGAUGGCGCAGUACCGCGGCGCGGCGCUCGGCGAGCUGUCGCCCCACGUCUACGCCAUCGCGGAGCAGGCCUACAGCGCCAUGAUGGUGGACGAGCAGCGCCAGGCCAUCCUCAUCUCCGGCGAGAGUGGCGCGGGCAAGACCGAGAGCGCCAAGCUGGUCAUGCAGUACCUUGCGCACCGAGCCGGCGGCGGGCGCGCCGCAAACGGCGGCGGCGAGGCGGGCGCGGAUGCGCGCGGGGCAUCCUCCGGCGCCGCGCCCGUGGAGGAGCAGGUGCUGGAGUCCAACCCGCUGCUGGAGGCGUUUGGCAACGCCAAGACCUCGCGCAACGACAACUCUUCCCGGUUCGGGAAGUUCGUGCAGAUAGACUUUGAUGCGAUGGGGCGGGUGGUGGGCGCCUCCAUCUCCACCUACCUCCUGGAGCGGUCCCGGGUGGUCAGCAUCAAGUCCCCCGAGCGCAGCUACCACAUCUUCUACCAGCUGGUGGCCGGCGCCUCGCGGGAGCAGCGCCGCGAGUUUGGCCUGGAGGGUGGCGUGUCCAGCUUCCGGUACCUGGCGCAGUCCGACGCGGUCCUGCUGCAGCACGUGGACGACGCCGAGGAGUUUGGGCACACGCUGGACGCGCUGCGCAUCAUCGGGCUGGACGCCGGGGCGGUGCGCUCCGUGCUUUCCUGCGUGGCCGCCGUGCUGCACCUGGGCAACGUGGCCUUUGCCACCGAGGGCGACUGCGACGACGCGGUGCUGGCCGACGUGGCGGCGGAGGACGCGGUGGAGAUCGCGGCGCGCCUGCUGGGCGUGGCACCCGAGGCACUCCUGGCCGCGCUGACGCGGCGAGUGCUGGAGACGCGCGGCGAGCGCAUCGUCAAGGCGCUGGGCGCCGAGGCGGCGGCCGAGUCGCGCGACGCGCUGGCCAAAGCUUUGUACGCGCGCCUCUUCGACUGGCUGGUGGCGGCCGUGAACCGAAAGAUCGGCAGCCUGGGCGCGGGCGGCGCGGGCGCGCGCUCCAUCGGCAUCCUGGACAUCUACGGUUUCGAGUCCUUCGACACCAACUCCUUCGAGCAGCUCUGCAUCAACCUGGCCAACGAGCGCCUCCAGCAGCACUUCAAUGGCCACGUCUUCAAGGGCGAGCAGGCAGAGUACGCGGCGGAGGGCAUCGCCUGGUCCUACGUCGACUUCGUGGACAACCAGGACUGCCUGGACCUGCUGGAGGGCGCCGGUCCCGCCCUUCCCGGCGUCUUCCCCCUGAUCGACGAGGCCUGCCGCGUCCCCGGCGCGGGCGACGCCGACCUGGCGCGCGCGCUGCGCUCCCGCCUGGCCGCACACCCCUGCUUCCGGGCGCCCAAGCGCGCGCCCACGGGCUUCGCCGUCGAGCACUACGCAGGGGAGGUGGCCUACGCCAGCGAGGGCCUGCUGGACAAGAACCGCGACUUCGUGGUGGCGGAGCAUUCGGCCCUGGCCGCAGAGUCCUGCGACCCCCUGCUCAGCACGGUGGCCAGCCGCUUCCGGAAGCAGCUGGCGGUGCUGAUGGGCACGCUGGACGCGUGCCACCCGCACUACAUCCGCUGCAUCAAGCCCAACCCGGGGAGCGUGCCCGGGACACUGGCCGCGGGGUACGUGCUGGAGCAGCUGCGGGCGGGGGGCGUGCUGGAGGCGGUGCGCAUCGCCUGCGCGGGGUUCCCCACGCGCAAGGCCUUCCUGCCCUUCGCGCAGCGCUAUGCGCUCACGCUGCCCGAUGGCUGGCGCGUGCGCCUGGAGCUGCCCCUCAACCCGCGCGGCUUCGUGGACUGGUACGCCGCCGGCGACGAGCAGGCAAGUCUGGGGAGGUUGGGAAGCGAGGCGGCGCGGCUGCGGCAGGAGCUGGCGGCGCGGGACGCCGAGCUGGCGGCGGUCAAGGAGAGCGAGGCAUUGGCGUACACACAGCACGCCGCCAAGCUGGCCUCUCUGCAGAAGGCCAUGAACGAAUACGCCGCCACGGCGGUGUCUGAGGCGGAGGAGCGCGCCGCGGACGCGGAGGCUCGCCUGUCACGGCAGGAGGAGGAGCUGCGCGAGGCGGCGGAGGGUGCCGACCACCUCUCCGGCCGCGUCGUUGCGCUCGGCGGCCGCGUGGCCAAGCUGGAGGCGGAGCUGGCGGCCGCCGCGCAGCGCGAGGCGGGCCUGCGCGCCAACCUGGAGGCCGCGGCGCGCGCGGCCGAGGAGCGACGUGCGGCGGAUGCCGAGGUGCCCGAAUCGCCGCAGCGCGACGGUGGGGCCCUGGACGGAGCUGCGUCCGCGGCCGUCGCUACAGCGACACCGGCAGCGACGGAGCCGUCGCCGCGCGACGCGCCGGUGUUGGACGCCGCCGCCGCCGCCAGCCUGUCCACUCUGCUCUCGGCGGCGGUGCGCCAGCGCCUGCCGGCGGUGCGCGUCGCGCUGGGCCCCUCGCGCAAGGACCCCGCGCUGGGCGUCCCGCUGGCCGCCUGGCUGGUGUCGGAGAGCCUCAUCGUCUGGGCGGGGGGUUGGGCGCCGCAGCAGCUAGGCCUGGCGGCCGAGGCGGUGCAGGGCACCAUCCUGACCACCGCCGCCGCCGGCGGUCUCACAGCGCAGGCCUACUGGCUGGCGUCCACGCUGGCCAUCGGCGCGCUGCUCAAGAUGCGGACCAUCGGAAGAAAGGAGGGCGCGCUGCUGCUGCGCCUGGGCGACGAGCUCAUCGGCUUUGGUGCGCUGCACGAGUGCCUGGCGGGGGCGAUUGCCGACACCCUGCCCGUCACCGUCGGGUCCUGGCAGGCGCUGCUGGGCGCGCUGACCAAUGUGGUGGAGACGCUGCGCGGCGAGGGGCUGCUCAAUGCCCUGCUCCUGCGCCGCGACUGCUGCUCGGUCUCCGCGGCGCGCGUGCUCCUGGCCGGCCUGGCCGAGCUGCGCGGCUGGGCGGCCUACCUGGGGCCAGAAUGGUGUCCGGGGCGUGAGACCGCGGCCGCGGCGCUCGAGCGCGUCGCCCAGGCGGCGCGCUACCUCGUCCAGGCACGGGCGCUGGGUGUUGAGGUUAUGGGCAAGGAUGACUGCGUGCGCAAGGCGCACCGCGGCGUGCCCAUCCUGGCCGACCUGGGCCGCCUCUGCCCCAGCCUGACCCUGCAGCAGGUGUACCGCCUGACGGAGCACCAGCACGACGACUGGAUUGCGGGGGCGGGGCUGGGCUCGCAAAACAUGGUGCUGCUGGAGACGCUGCAGCGCCUCAUGGCCUCCCAGCCCUCCAUGGCAGACGGCGAUUCCGGCGCCGAGUGGGACAGGGAGGAUGAGGAGGAAAACCUGCUGGUGGAGCCAAUGGAGGCCUUCCAGCUGCCGCGCCGCGCCCUCACGGAGGCGGCGCGCUGCUUCGUGCAGGCGGCGCAGCGCCCCGACUCCGUCCUGGAUGCGCCGGUGCCCUCUGGGCCAGCCCUGCUGGACCUCAUAGACCAGGCGUGCCGGGAGAGCGAUGGGCUGCCGCAGGUGCUGAGGAGCAGCGCGGAAUUCCCCUUCCUCCAGUCGCGGUGA